CCAUUGUAGGGCGGAGAGACGUGUAUCUUGUCAGUAAUCCAUAGUCUUUGGUCAAACACAGAAACCGGGUUCUCUCCUCCUGAAGCAAGGACAUCUGUCCUUGAGGUGGAUAGAUAAAAGUAUCGGGUGACAUUAGUAGCAUAUUCAGGAUUGGAUGCUGUCAUUAAUGAUUAAAACACAUCUCAUCAGACAUUAUCUGUUCACUGCAGAGCGAGAGAGAGAGAAGCUGAGAGUGAGUGAGGGAGGUGGUAUGUGUGUCAUCUCGAUAGAGCCUCCCACCGGCGACUGCAUAUAUACUGUGAGAGCGGCGGCCGUCGGCCGUACAGAGGAGUGAUUGGGAGAUAUAGAGAUACAUCGUACCGAGAGUCAGCUGAGCGUCGAUAGAGACAGACCGAGGGAUGGGAUCUCCGCUCACAUAAAACAACAACCGUGACGGCCGAUCCAGUCCAGUUUGAACCUGUCACACCAGACUGAGAAGCAGACUGAGAAGUGACAACUGCAUGUGCCGGCUCUGGCCCUGGCUACAGCCAUGCCUCUUCUGGAAGAGACCACUGUGCCUCGAGAGCAUCCCCCCACACUGCCUGUGGUCAUCAUAGGUAACGGGCCAUCAGGUAUCUGCCUGUCCUACCUGCUGAGUGGCUACAAGCCCUACCUGGACCCUUCAGCUGUUCACCCAAACCCUGUUCUGUACAGGAAGUUACAGGAGACCAGACACCUGCCCAUCACUGAACAGGAUCUGGAGUAUCUGAGUGAAGGUCUGGAGGGGCGGUCAGGAAACCCUGUAGCGGUGCUGUUUGACACCCUGCUGCAUCCCAAUGCGGAUUUUGGCUACGAGUUUCCCCCUGUGCUACAGUGGAGAAGAGACAAGCAGCAGCACCUCCCUCACCUGGUGCUGGGCAGGGCAACGCCUGGAGGGGCCUGGCACGUGAUGGAGGGCUCCAUGCUGACCAUCAGUCUGGGCAUCUGGAUGGAACUGCCAGGGAUCAACUACCGAGACCUGACUAACAAUGGCAAAUGCAGGGGCGUGACCAACGACCGGGCCACUCCAGAGGAGAUCUCGUCUUACUACCGUAACUACGUCAAGCUGAUGGGCCUGAAGCAGAACUUUGUUGACAACACCUACGUGACCUCUGUGCAGAAACUUUUCCGUGGACCCGAGGGCGAGGGUCUAGAGAAUGGCCAUGGAGGGUUGGGGGAGGAGGGAAAGGGGGUGUACGAGGGGAGGGAGAGUGAGGGUGUAGAUGAAGGGGGAGGUGGGGGCCUGUGGGAGGUGAGGGGGUACCAGCGGGUGCAGGGCGACACCCACGUUCCUUUCUGCCUGUUUUCAGAGAAUGUAGUUCUGGCCACGGGCGCAUCUGAUUCGCCAGCUCAGCUGGGUGUGGAGGGGGAGGAGCUUCCCUUUGUGUUCCACAGCAUCUCUGCCCUGGGAUUGGCUGUGAGCCGGAAGAAGCUUGGGCCAAACUCUGAUCCGGUGCUGAUUGUGGGGGCGGGGUUAAGCGCAGCGGAUGCGGUUUUGUGCGCUUGUAACAACAACAUUUCCGUGCUGCAUGCCUUCCGCAAACACGUAGAUGACCCAGGCCUCAUCUUUAAACAGCUACCCAAGACCCUCUACCCAGAAUACCACAAGGUCUACCACAUGAUGCACUCCCAGACCCACGCAACACCAAACAUGGCUGCCACCUCCACCACCAAUGGCCUUCCCAGCAUGGCCGCCUCAGUCUGCUCCAAGAUGUGCUCCAAGCCUCAACCCACCACAACUAACAUGGCCGCCAAUGGUGGUCCCGUUCUGUUCCCUGACUACACCAGCUUCCCAGAGCACUGUGUGGUGUCCUUCCAGCCAGACAUGAAGUGUAUCCUGCAGGGGAGCAACUCCCUCAAGGCCUUUAAGAUCUCCAUGGCCCUGGUGUUGAUCGGCACCCAUCCCAACCUGUUCUUCCUCAAGGGCCAGGGCCAGUACCUGGGACUGGACCCCACCAAACCCAUCUCCUGCAAGCAGAACCCUGUGGAUGUGCACCCCUACACCUUCGAGUGCACCAAGGACCCAGGACUGUUCGCCAUGGGCCCGCUGGUGGGAGACAACUUUGUUCGCUUCCUAAAGGGCGGUGCUCUAGGCAUUGCCUCCUGCCUGCUCAAGAGACUGAAGAAGAAAGGCAAGCUGAUCGCAGAAGUGGGAGGAGUAGGAGGGGAGUUUAUCUAGGUGAAGUGUGGAUGGCGAGGAACCAGGUGGUGAAUGAGUUGGAAGGGAGAGAGGAGGAAGAGGCAUCUUUAUUUAAGCGAAGGGAGAAAGGAGAGGAAAGAGGUGGAGAAAGGGAGGAGAGGAAGGAGGAAGAGGUUCAUCUUAGUAAAAAUAGCUACUAUAACCAAUGGAGUUCUGAGUUAAAAGGGCAAAGCCAAACAGUACGUUUUUUAUAUUUUAUUGUUUGCAGUGGACAUGCCUAUUUGAACUCUGAAGCUUUCUUACCACUUCUGAGAGAACUGAAAACAAUGGAAGUGGAGGCAGGCUAGUUACAGAUCAUGACCAGGUUCAGCCCACCACCUGUUACAGCUCCACUGUUCUGGUUUCUGCUGGGAAGCUGUCACAGGGUUUAAUGUCCUCUAUCCAGAAAUCCAAUCUGCAGUGUGACAAUGUUUUUGAGAGUCAUAUUUGUGACAUUUUGUAAUGUCUUGAGUUUUUAUUAUUUGUUCACCUUGUCUUUCAAGCAAGUGCAUUUUCUGAUUUCUCAUCUACUUUAAACAAUUGUCCUACUAUUUCUCUGAUGGCCUUUCACCAUGCAAUGGACUGUGAACCACUACAACUCCCCUUUAAAGCCUCAAGGAAAUGGAACUUUGUAGAGAUAGGCCCAUAGCUGCUAUAGUGUUUCUGCCAUCAUCUCAAUUCAGAGUUUCUCAUCAGUGCCAAACUUCAGACCCCAAGCAGUAUCUGGUUGUGAUCUUUGAAAAAUAACUAUUUUGGAUGCAGCAGUUGUUAGCUAGAAUGCUAACUCUCAUUGACAUAGGCUGUAGCAAAAGCUAGCCAAAUAGCCAUUUUACUGGUUGAAGUUGAAGUGUUUUUUAAGUAUAAUGCAGUUGAUUUGGGAUAACACAAACAUUAUAUUAAGCAGGACAUUCAUACGAGCCUUAAAAUCCAAUUAUAAUCCAAAAGUAGUGUGAAAUGCACUCAUAAGUAACAUCUAAAUAUAGGCUUUUUUGCUGCCACCAAUUUGCAGCAAUGUUAACAAACACAGAAAGGGGUCUAUAAAAUACUACUAGUCGACGACUCCUGAUAAGUGUACAUUGGAUAAACGCAAAAUGUAGGUGCAUUUAUUGACGUCCAUCAGUCUGAAUACAAAACUGCUAGUCCAUUGCAUUUAUCAGGAGUUGACUAUCGCCUAUUGAAGUCCUAAUGACUAUGUUAAAUGCACAUUUUCUGGUUGCCAUUAUGGAGGAAAUAUGCCUGUGGCUCGGAUUCCAGGUCCGUAUAGUAUUCUCUGUGACAUUUCUCAUACCAUGUCACUUUCACACAGCCAUCAUAUGCCUCAUGUGUUUGUUGUGCCAAAUACCUGUUACUUUAUGUAAAGCUGUGAGGACUGAGGGUAGAGUUUCAUUCAUUUAUUGAACCAAUCAGUGGCCUUUAGAAUGUGUGUAUUCAUAUGCAGUUUAUUUCCACAUGCAGUCAUCCUCAAGACUGAAGCUGUUUGCAGAA